CCUGGAGACCUGUGGCCUGCAAGUCCCAGCACCUGCUGUUGCUCUGGGGUCCAUCUCCGUUUCAGGCACGUGCCCUCUUGGGCGGUUUCUUCACUGCUAGGACCCGGGCCAGGGACAGUGGCAUCCGGGCAGGCCCAGCCCACGCAUCCCGCGGAGCCGGAGGCCCCAUUUCCCAGACAGGCUGGCCCAGGGGGGUGUGGGCUGUGGCUGGCCCUGGGCAGGUGUGUGGGCACCGUGGGGGUCCUUGGUGGAGGUGAGAGUUUUGCCCCUACUGGCCACCUGGACGGGGUUCUAAGGCCUCCCCUGAGGUGGUGCCUGAGCUGGGAGACUGCUGAGGGCAGCUCCUGGAGCCAUUGCCCUGGUGGGAGGACCUGCCUGUGUCCCCGUCCAUGCUCUGAGCUGCCCAGGCGCCAGGCCCUGCCCCUGCCCGCCCUAGCUUUGGAUCUUCAGGGAGGUCACAGGUCCUUCUGUCUCCUGUCUGGGAGCAGCAGGGAGGAGCCUGUGAGGCCCAGGGGACAGAGUUCUAGCUCUGUCCAUCUGUGCCUGCAGCCCCUAGAGGCCUCAGAUGCCCACGACACUGCUGAGCCUCGCCCCUCCGCCCAGACCACGGGCCACCAAGGAACCGUGCCGAGGCUGGGACAAGAAGCUGUGAGGCCCCCCGUGCAGAGGUCGCGCUGCAGGCCGUGCUGUGGGAUUCCAGGAGGCACUGAGAGGGCAAGUGGGCGGCUGGCGGCCGAGGCCUUGCACUGCCGGCCGAAGGGCCCCGUGCGCGUGGAUGAGAAGGUGCUGGGGGGACUGCGUGGCUUCCAGGCUGUGAGUGGGGCGUCCACUGCCGGUGCCUGCGCCUCCGGGGAGCAGGGACUGAGUCGGGGCCCCGUGAGGCGAGUGGGGCCCAGACGCCUCUGGACAGUGGCUGGGAACAUGCGCACAGCGGGGUCAGGGCGGCUCAGGGCUGUGAGGCCUGGCAUUGGCCCUGCCUCGCCCUCUGUGAGAGCCAGGCCAGGACGGGUGUGCCCAGCGGGCAGGGCCAGGCAGGCCACGGUGCAGCUCACUGCAGGCCCUCAGCCCCACCGCCCAGGGCGCCUUCGCGAGGCCCCGUUCUGAGUCUGGCCUCCAGCCGAUUGGCAGCCCUGGUGUCCGCUGUCUACCAGUUCUCCGCCAGCCUUCGUAUGGGUGAGCUGGGCGGGGCAGUGGUCAGGGGUGGGACAGCCCUCCCGGGGAUGCUCUCGAGACUGCCUGCUCUGCUGUCCCCCUGGCCCUACCCCGCACAGUGGGACCUGAGCCCCUCCCUGCUGGCCCCCGCUCCACUGUGCACACAUCUGCUCUCUCCCCAGGGCCAGGCCAGGCCACGAGCCUUGGACACAGUGCGGGCCCUCGUGUGUGAGUGAGCACCCCACUCCUGUCCAGGCCCUGGUUCUCCAGGUUGCUGGAGGCCAUCUCUGUCCUGGAGAGCAGCAGCAGGGGCUUCACGACACAGGGGACGGAGGGAGUUGGGGGGCCCCGGCCCGAGCAGCUCAAGUGAGGACUGACGCCCGCUGUGGGUGCCUGCAGGCCGGACAGUGCCCUCCAUGUUUGCAGACAACGGCUUGGGAGCUGCGCUCUCCAUCAGAGUGGCUCAGGCUUCUCAGGGCGCUGCUGGCCGGGGAGAUGCCCCUCCCCCGUGGCAACAGCAAUAAAGAGUCCCCAGCCCCCCGC